AUCAUAUAAAAUUAAAUGGAAUAUUUCAUACCAGGUGAAUUCUUAUUUGACUUAGAUAAGUAUACUUGAAGCAGUGGCUCAUUAUAUACAUAGCUGUUGUAUGAUGUUCAAGCACUUGAACAAUAUUUUGAAAAAAAUCCUGAAAAUCACAUUCUGAUCACUCCUUGAGGCACGCUUCUGAUAGUUUUCCUGUUCAAGUCAUAUCUUUAUCACAGCCUUGGCAUUGGGCUCAUUUUGAGAUUAUUAUUUUUUUUUUUAUGCUGGGUGAUAAAGUUGAACACGAAACACUUCACACUUCUUACAUUGAGAAGUGUGUCAGGCAUUAUAAUGUGGUUAGCUGAAAGGUUGGAGAUGCGAGAUCCCAUCAGUUGUAUCUGAGGUGCAGGCCCUGGUGCUCAGUGGUACAGAGAGGUGUUGCUAAAGGGUACAGAGACUUGAAGAGAACUUGGGGCCCCCGACGCACCCCCGGGAUGUCCAGCCCCAAGCAUGAUCGGGACAGUGACCGGGAGUCCCUGACUGGCUGGACUCUGGUGGAUCGGGAAGGGAAGGAAGGCAAACCAGAAAAGACGACCCGUAGCCGUGGAAAAAAAGAAGAUGACAAGGACAGUGGGGAGUCCAGCUCUUCUCCAGUUGACGUAGAGAAGAAAGAUGAGGAAAACAAAGAGAAAAAUGAAUCUGGAUGUGGGACUGAAGAAGAAGGAGAAGAGGAGCUGUCUGAGGACCUCAUUUCCAUGGGCAAGAGGGUGCAAGAGAUUAAGGGUGAGUCUGUCAAGGCAUCCUCAGGGUCAGACUCCAGUGACAUUGAGACUCUGGACUGCCCCGGCCCUGAUGAUUUUUAUGAGGACCACACGCAGGGCUACAGCUCCCUCCACUCCUCCCUCCUCUCCUCCUCCCUCAGCGGCUUUACCUUUGUAGAAGAUGCAGAUGAUGGUGAUGUAGAGAGCCUGGGCAGCAGUGAUGUCUUGGUGCUGGACCAAGAGGGCAAAGGUGUUGAUGAAGAGACUGACCUCUCUCUUGCAUCAUCCCCCUCCCUCCCAGAGGAUCUCCCAGCCAUCAAACCAGAUACCCAGUACCGGCACACUCCGGACCGGGACCUGAACAGUCGGUUGAAUAUAGUGGUGGCACUGACCCUGGCCUGUGUGCUGGGCCUUGGUUUAGGGCAUUUUCUGGGACUAGUGGCUCUGUCAAGAGAUGAAGCACCCAAAGGAUGGUCAAGUCGUUCUAUGUGGCAAGAAAACCUCAACUCUGCUCAGGUACGUAGGCUGCGUGAGCUUCAGGAUGACCUGCUGUCUUGCAUAAACACGCCAUCUCAUGAAUUGCCUGAUGAGGAGCCAGAGUCAAGGGAACCAGAGUACCUCCCUACCACUACUUUCAUUCCUGUCCUGCCUGAGGCAGAAGCUGAGGGUGUUGCAAAUGUAGAAACCUUUGUGGAGUCCCUGGUGGUGCCUUUGGAGGAAGCUGGUGUGGUGAUAGAUCCUGGCCAGCAGCAGCGCCAGCAGGGAGAUAUCCACCACACUCCAUACAGACCAGGGAGCUCAAUGGAACCUACCUUUGCCACCCUUGACCUUCUCUAUGGUUCCUCUGAUCCUGCCCCUGCUUUAGAUCAAGAGCAGGAACCCAUGAUACACUCUGGUCUCCUUGAACCUCCAUUGACUUCUCACACAGUAGCUGAGGAUGAAAUAGACCCUUCCCAACCCCAGCCUCCAUUACCCAUGAAGACAAUGGAGCCUACCCUGAAUGAAGAAGGGACUUCACCUCCCACAGUUUCCCAGACUAACACCUUGCCUCCUGUAGAGCUUGACUCAGGGCUUGAAAGUUUUCUUGGCGAGGAGUCUGAGCAGACCCUCCUUCAGAGUUCAGCAGUCCCAGAGGGGGAGGAGGAGGAUGCUUCAGCCACUGCAAUAGAAUACUCACAGAUCAUCGAGGCACUCAAUUUGGAAAAUGAAGAGCUGAGAUCUGAAAUCAGUCGGCUUCAGCAGGAAAAUGUCUCUCCAAUUAAAAUAAGUGGAAAGGAUGGGAAGAUUGCCAGGGAUAUGCGAGAGCGGAUUACGCAGCUGCUUAUAGACAAUGAGGAGCUCCGGGUAGCCGCCGCAAAGCAACAGUUUGAUAGUUUACCAGAGGGAGACACCAGGGCAUUUAAUAAUGCUUUGGGCACCAAUUACAAACUCAGGCUGGCUGUCAGCAAACUAAUUCACCUUGUCCCGGACCUCACUUCCUUAAAAGUAUCCGCCAAUGACCUCCAGAAAGAGAAUGAAGAGCUCCAGAACCAAGUUGGGAAACUACGAUACCAGGAGCAACCACUGCCUCAGGAAUUAAAUGCUGUGACCAGGGAAGUGGAGGGCUUGAAAAAAGUUAUAGAUGAAGCCUCAAAGAAAAAGAAAGCUCCUCCCAACUUUGAGAAUGCCAAGAUUUAUCUUUCCUAUAUGUCUCAGGUCCUGCAGUCUCUCCAGGAUUUCAAAGAAGGAGGCUUCGUGGAGAAGCUGGAUGUGGCCACUGAUGUGUUUGAGGGGCUGGUGCCAGGCAAUAUGAAGCCAUCUGCUUCUGUGCACCAGAAGCUGAACUCUGUGCGUACCAAGUUCAACCAGCUUAGAUCCUCUCUGGCUUCAAAAUGGGACAAGAUAAAAGAUUUAGGUCGGCCUCAAAACCUGGUCCGGGUGAGUCAAGACACUCUUGCCAAGAUGAAUCGUGUGAUUGUCAACGUAGUGAACAAGAUGAAAGACAUCGGGCAGGUCAGCAUCAUGAAGAGAGGGAAGGCCUCCUUUGAGAGCACCACUGCCACUCUGGCCCAGAGUUUGGCUGCCCUUGGAGACCAAUUUGAGAAGACGUGGAACAACCUUGAGGCUGAAGUUGAUACUGAUGGAGAAGAGGUUGGUGAUGAACUCUUGGCAGAGGAAGGGAGAGCUGGAGCAGAGGAGGAGGAAGAAGAUGAAGGCAUAGUGGAUGAUAUGGAAGCUGAGGAAAGGAAGCCACAAGAUAUGGGAAAAGAACCAUCGGAGAUUAAAAACCUUGGGCCUAACAAAGCAAAGGAAGGUGGGAAGAGUGGUGAAGCAGGGAAUGGAGAAGGAGGAAGAGGAGGAAGUGGAGGAAGAGGAGGGGGAGGAAGAGGAGGAGGAGGAGGAGGAGGAGGAGGAGAUGACAAGAAAGACUUAGAUGAUAAGAAAAGCAACAAAGAAACUGUAGAGAAGAAGGAGAAACCUGAUGGUAAGCGGGACAGAUCAAGGAGUCGAGUGAGUAGCAAGGAAGAGAAGAAGGAAGAGAAGAAGGAAAAGAAGGCAAAGAAGAAGGAGGAAAAGGCAAAGAAGAAGAAAGAGAAGGAAGACAAGAAAUCAAAGAAAGACAAAAAUAAUAACAAAAAGACCAAAGAGGAAAAGGAAAACUACAAUCACAAAAAGGAUGACUGGGGCAAGAAGAACCUCCAGGAGGAUGACAAGAGGCACCAAAGGAAGCAGUUUAAUAAAUUUGACAAGAAGCAGCACCGACAUGGUAGUGAUGAUGACGAUGACGACGAUGAUGACGACGAGGAAAACGAUGAUGGCAAAUUCAAGAAAAAGUACCAAAAGAAGAAACCAGUUUAUGAAGAUGAUGACGAUAAUGACAGUGACGAUAACUCCAAGAGGAAAUCUCACAAAAAUGAAGUGCUUGAGGAAGACGACGAUGACGACGACAAAAAGAAGGGUCUGCUGCGUCACUGGGAGAAGCCGUCCAGAAAAAACUACCGCAGGGAAUACCCAGGGCCCAAGAAAGCUUUCAUCCGUAGGCGGGGUAAGAAUGCCACCAGGUACCAUGGGGAUGAAGAUAGGGACUGGAUGCAGAAGAGGGCAACAGGUAGGGAGGUGAGGCGCAGGGAAGAACAGAAGGCAGACUGGCUUUUUGAACGGGCAAAGCACCGCAGCCACAGGAGGGUGGAGGAGCAAAAAGCUGACUGGCUGUUUGAUCGAGCCAGUCACAGGAGAGAUCAGAGGGUUGGGGAAGCAGAGGAACACAGUCACAGGGCAGUAGGGGAUAACGAGAAACUCCAAAGCCACACCAAACAUGAGAGACGUCAGGCAAAGAGACGCUACGUGAGGUUUGAUUAUGACGAUGAUGAUUAUGAUGAUGAUGAUGAAAUUGACAAUGAUGAUUAUCAGCUUUACCAUCAUCCCCAUCACCACCACCAACAUCAUCAUCAUCAUCAGGAGAGAGGGAGAGCAGAGCAAAAGCAUCACAGUAAAAAGGGUAAGAGGGAGUGGGUCAUUCCCAACUUCAGUGCAACAGGGAAGACUUACUACUAUUAACCAGCAUAACAAGUGCUCUCUCUCCCAAACUGAUGAUGUAAACUUCUAACUUUGUAAUGUAUUCAUGAUAACAGUGCUUCAUGAUGUACACAUGUAGCCUAAGAAUCUUGAUGUACACAUGUAGCAUUAGUUGCACCAUUGUCUGUUCAAACUAAGGGGUUUGUUUGGCUCCUUGGCAGUGUUUGCACACCCUGAAUGGCUGGUUCCUUUUACUCCUGGAUGCAAGGCUGUCACUCAUGCUCAGAUGCUACAUACUUGUAUUUCAACAUCAUUUGUGUUAAUCCUCCCACUAUAAUACAAGAUGCUGUUAUUAUAGAACUUGUGCAUAUUUGUCAAAAUUAGUAAAUUAUGAUGAAUAUUAGUAAAAAAAAUAGCUUCAGAAUUUUUGCAUCACAUCAUUGCCAGUCAUUUACUCAGUCUGAUAAAUCAUUUCACCAUUUAAGUUCAAAGGAAGGUUUUUUUUAAAUAUAAUUGCUAUCAGAUGAUCAACAAAACACAGUUUGAGCAAACAUGCAAUUACAAGAAAUUAAGACAAAUUGUAUAUAAACAUCUGGCAUCACAGGAUGUGUGAGUGAGAUCUGCCUCCAUGACAGUAGGACAGGAAUCCAGCCAAUGAGGGGAGGCAGGGCAGAGGCUGUCAAGGAGCCAGAUGAAUGCUAGGCUGGAACAGAGUGUAGUAGUGUUCACAAGUUGUAUGUAUAGAUCUCUCUCACUUAGCUUUCCUAGCUCAGUCAUUAGUACAUAUUUGCUGUGAGUUUUUUUUUUUUUUUAGAUUUAUAUUCUUUUACAUUAUUCGAAGCUUAUACAAACAAUAACUGCUAACCAUAGAUAUGUGUAAACAUUAUUCACUUCAUAUUAUACUUUUCUCUGCAGCUUUAACCUCUUUCAGGUAUUCUCUCAUAGAAAUAGGUAUAUAUCACACAGCAUCCUUCCAUUUGUCAUCCCACACCUGACCUCAUUACCAUUAUCCCACCUUUAUGGGUCCACAAUAACAUUCAAUCACAUGCUCAUUAAAACUUCCGUUAGUCAUUAGUAUUAUGUAAAACAUUGAUUCACAAAGGUCUUUCUAAGAUAUGUAGUGCUAUUCCUUUCUCCAGGUGGACCAAUUUAAAUGUUGUUCCCUUGACACGGAGCUCAGGAUUGACAUGCAUUGCUAAAAUAAGUUGCUACAUCCUGGCUCUCCUACCACCAUCCUUUUGAAAAGUUUGUUCAGUGUUUCUUACACAAUAAGCAGUGCAAAAAAGUACCAGCAGCUUUCUAUACCUCACGCAACAAUGGAAAAGGUUUGUCUUUUUUACCUGCAACUCAGUAUUACCUUGUGAUUGUUGGAACAGUGAUGAUCAAGAGAAGAUUCCGAAAGUAUCUUGCAUUAGGAUGUAAAUUGACUGAUUGAAGUGAUCUUGUAUUGUCUUUCAUAAAUAAAUGGUCUCCACCUUCAAUCACAAAACAUGCCUCUGAAGCAUAGACAUUGAUUGCAUGGUACAGCUACUGUGAAUGUAUUAUGAUGUAUACACCUCUAAUGAGAGCCUCUUAGGCUGUAUUUUGUGCUUACUGUGCAGCAGAGCUGUGGACUGAGAACAAAACCUGUGGCUGUGGUGUCAGGUGACUGCUCAUGUUGGGAGGGUUCUUGAUGCAAGGGUGGGAGGGCAUUCCUAGAGUUUUGGCAUCUGUAAAAAUUGAUGAUGUGAAAUCCAGCACUUGAUGGUGGGUUCUUUUUGCCAUUUUGUCUGAGUACAUUGCAUUACAUUAUCUUGUUAUGAGGUGCUUCAUGAUUACUGGAGAAUAUUUCAUGGUAAAACACUGGUUGAGUGUGAUGGAUGAUAACUCACAUGUACAAGUGUUCUGGAAUCUGUCAUCAUUUGUGCCACAUUUCUAAACUUUGACAUUUUCAUUCCAGAUAACUAAAGCCCUCGAUGCCUUUUCAUAAAUAGUAAAACCAUGUUUGGGGCGGAGCUUUUCUGUUGAAGGUGCGUCAGUUUAGGGGUGUGGCCCUCAGCCCCCCAUUAGCUCACUGUUGACCUAGCUUAGUGACCCUUUUUGUUAUUAACCUUAGUCGUGUGUUGGAGGGCUGCCUUUUACCACCAGGGUAGAAGACCUGGCCAUUAGUGCUUAUUUUACAUUGUAGGCUGAGCUGACCCUCAACUCGAGCUUUCCACAACAUCAGUCAUUUGUCAGCCAGCUGGUUGUUAACUUUACACCUGCUCAGCCCACACUCAGCAGGCAAGCUUGACACUGAGGUCGGCAGCAUACUUCGCAAACUCAUCAUUAACCUCUCAUCUGUUAAAAGCCGCUUCGGUGAAGCUGGCCAAGUGUUGACUGACUGCGAGUUCUGCAGUUAAUAGCUUUGUGCUAAACUGUGAAUAAUAUAGCUUUGAGUCAUAGCUGCUGAGGAGUGAUUGGGUGAGGCAGCACUGUGUAGUACAGUACUUUGAGGUACAUUGGUACUCCCACCUCGCCGUUGUGCUGUGAAACGUAUGCACAUGCUGCACAGCUAGUAUCAAGUGACAUCAGGCUGUACCUCACAUUGUUGCCUCAGCCUCCCACGGCGCCCAGCCACUAGGCCUGUGUGGUGCAGCUGGCUGCUGGGCCACAUUUGUUGGACAGGAAGCCCAGCUUCAGAAGCGCAGUAGCAGUAACAUGAGUCGCUCAGCUGCGACUCGCUUUGGUAAGAGCCUGAACAGACUUUUAUAGCCCCGGCGGUGACCUGCAUGGUGUUAUUUGUGGUGUCUCUUGGAGUGUUAUGUGAGUGUGCACUCGUGUGUUGAGAGUUAGUGUCCUGACCAACACUGACCUGGCCCCGCUGCUCCCUCUUCGCCGCCCAGAGCAGCGACCGCAACAUUGAACUAGUUGAAGUCUUGUCAUGUUGAUCAUAAGUUCUAUAGUA